AUGUCGUCGGCUGCUUUGCAAACAGCGACUCAUCAACCAGCGAACUUGUCGACUCCACCACUGGCCGCGCCACCGAACCGACAGUACGCGUCCUCGCACUCUUCCCCGAUCGUCGAACCGAAUAAUGCCCACCAGUCGGCUUCUGGUGUCGCGUCUCCAUCUUCGAGACGGCCUCCUUCCCGCAAGGCGAGCGGUAACAGCCCUAACCCUGUCCCCGAGGUGACAGGGCGAACCAGCCUGCAAUAUCAACCACAAUCACAGACUGAGCGCAUCGCCAACAUGCCUCCUAUCGCGCCACCGCGCACCUCCUCGAACCAACAAGGCGCCAGCUCCCGCCGCUACGAAAGGACGGCGCAACCUGCGUCCUCUAGGCCAAGCCAGCCCGAAAACUCUCGCGCUGGGUCAUCACGAAGCGACGCAAACGUCGCCACAGACUCUGGGCACCGCAGCAAGCGGGCAGCCAACACACACUUCGCACAGGACUUGACGGGGCGACAGAAUGAGAACAGGGACAACUGCGGGUCCGGCACAGUGCUGCCAGUCCGGACAGCACAAGGCUCCUCGAAGCCUCCCGUCGACAGGGAAGAAAACAUUCUGCGAGCGGCCAGCAAUGCUGAGGACCCUAGCAUGCGUCCCGCUCUAGACGACGCGGCGCCGCCCCCUGUUGUGGGCAUGAGCCCUCAGAAUGAUGAGCGCAGGACCCGGAGCCGACACGAUUACAGCAACCGGUCACAUAAAGGCACGGCCAAAUUUGGCGACUUCAUUCUCGGCAACACCAUUGGUGAGGGUGAAUUCGGCAAGGUCAAGCUCGGCUGGAAGCAGGACAGCAACGCGCAGGUUGCCAUCAAGCUCAUCAAGCGAGACGUGGUGGGAAGCAACCCGAACCGCCUUGCCAAGAUCCGACGCGAGGUUACAAUUCUUCGCGAUUUGCAGCAUCCCAACAUUGUGCAAUUGAUAGACAUGGUGGAGGCAGACAGGUACAUCGGCAUCAUUUUGGAGUACGCGUCGGGCGGCGAGCUAUUCGAUUAUAUCCUGAACCACCGGUAUCUGAAAGACCAGUCAGCCCGCCGAUUGUUCGCGCAGUUGGUUUCGGGAGUUGGCUACCUACACAAGAGGGGCAUCGUACAUCGGGAUUUGAAGCUGGAGAACUUACUGUUGGAUCGGAACCGCAACAUCAUCAUCACCGACUUCGGAUUUGCCAACACCUUCGAUCCGCACGAGGAGCUGUCGAACGAGGAAGAGCUCAACUUGGCGGACCGCGAGUUCGUCAAGAAGUCUGGGCUCGAUAAGAUCAAGCCGAAUGGAAUGCGCAAGGGCGAUUUGAUGCAAACGAGCUGCGGCAGUCCCUGUUACGCAGCCCCCGAGCUUGUGGUGAGCGAUUGCCUCUACACGGGACGCAAGGUCGAUGUUUGGAGCUGCGGUGUCAUCUUGUAUGCCAUGCUCGCAGGAUACCUGCCCUUCGACGACGAUCCGGCCAACCCCGAGGGCGACAACAUCAAUCUUUUGUACAAGUACAUUGUCAAUACGCCACUCACCUUCCCCGAAUAUGUCACGCCACAUGCACGAGACCUCUUGAGGAGAAUUCUUGUGCCUCAGCCCCGCAAACGAGCAGAUCUGUUCGAAGUUGCCAGACACAGCUGGCUGAGCGACUAUGCCCACGUGGUGGAAUUCAUCACAAGCUCGACAACUCUUCCGGAUGAUGUGCAAAAGUCUAUCACUGCCCCCGAGGAGCCGGAGGCCGGUUUGACGCGCAGCAACUCUGUGCGCGAAGCCCACAAGCAGAAGGCGCACUCACCUACGACCGUCGGCGGCCUUUCCAAGGCAUAUGGCAAGAUUGAUCAUGACGCUGAUGUGGGGCCCCGGACUCCCAAGGAGUCGAAGCGCCGCACCGUUCAGGUCGAAUAUGUUGCACCCACAACACGCACCCAGCGAGGCGGUGAGGAGGACAGCGCGCGGCCACAGCCAAGGUCGACAUCGAGGGGCAGACAGGAGCCGUACCAGGCCAUUGCGCAAGACAAACCACUGCCCCGCGAUCCGCCGGUGGUUCGUGAUGCCGCUGUUCCUCCAUCCGCUCGUCCCUCGAGCUCCAGGCGCCCUCAAAGUUCCCACAGAGCGGCUGCACCGCGAGGACCUCGCGAAGGACCAAUGCGCCCCAAUACCGACAAUGUCUACAUACCUACUACCAGCUCGGGGGCCCGUCCGCAGACCGGCAACUCAAUGUCGUCUGCAGCCUCCAUGGGUCUGCAGUCUAUGGGACACUAUGGACAGCCUGUGCCGCCAGCAGUUGCCGAUACGAACGCUGAGGGUAGGAUGGCGCAACCUACCCAUGGCGAAGAAGGCGAGCCUCAAAGCCGGCCCAACACCAGCGUGCCCCCCAAGUUUGCCAAGAUGACUGGUAUGGGUGAGGGUCAGCCUCCUGGCGGCCGUGGACACAAGCGUUCGAGCACGUUGGGAGAAAUCGGCUCCAAGCUCCUCGGUCGGAACGGAUCUGUAUUUGGGGGACGUGGCAAGAAGCGCUCGGAGCAGCAGCCGGAUAAGUCGAGGAAGUACCCGCCCGUCAGCAUGCAGCAGCCCCUACCAGCAGACAACGAGCCGCCGGUUCGACCGUCCAUGGAGUCACGGGCGUCGAGGCGGUCAUUCUCAUUCGGCCUGGGCAAGAAGCGAAGCGGUAGUGUCGAGGGCUCACAAGGCUCCUCCGACAAGGCUGACCGCCGCCGCUUCUCGCUAAUCCCUCCCUCGUUCUCGUUCAAGUCUGGUAGCAAGGACCCUGGGACGCCGCCUUCCGAGUACGGAUCUCAGAACAGCCUGUCGCUCCAGAAUCCGCGUGCCGACCCGCCACGAACCUUUGCUGCUCACGGCGACGCCCGCAACGGUAGUCCGACGCUUGAUCCGGCCUACAACAACAGUAAUGUGCGGCCUCACCCGCCCAUUUCGAAUCAGGCUCGCCACCAGAGAUAUGCGUCGGCACAGCUAGACGGCCAGCGGCCGACCGCCGUGCCGUCCUACAUGCAGAGUGGCAAUCAGUACGCCGCGCGACCUGGGUCAUCUGGCCAGACGCGCAGACCACCCACAGAGCCCCAGGCGAGCUCGCAGCAGUAUGGACAGCAGCCGCAAAACUACCGACCGGACUAUGCUUCGCCUGACUCGCGGAGAACCGAGACGCCCAGUAGCAACCAGAACUCUCUGCCUAGGCAGCACAAGAAGUUCACCGACGGCUACCAGCAAGGACACGGCGGCAGCAGUGGCGCCGCGAAGCGGGUUAUGGACCUUUUUAGGAGGAGGGGAAAGGCCCGCGGCGGCGAGGAGCGGUAA